UUUACGCAAAAUUCAGGCUGCAUUUAAAGCUUAUAAUUUAAAAAAUAAACUGGCUGAUUGUAAUGAUGAAAUAACAAAUAAUGGUGCAAUUAAAAUGACUAGCCGUUGGCUAUGUUCACAACAACCAAUUCAAACUAGGUUGGAGAUCCUUAAAAAUUUUAGGAACGAACAAUUUAGAAUUCUAAUCACGUCUGAUGUCAUGUCCAGGGGCAUUGAUAUCAAGAACUCGGAUAUGGUUAUUAAUUUUGAAUUGCCAAUGUCUCCCGAUAGAUAUAUCCAUCGAAUAGGAAGAUGCGGAAGAUUUGGAUCUUACGGCUUUGCUCUCACAUUGAUAUAUAAUAACUACGAAAAGUUUCUUUUGUUCAAUUUCAUCACCAUGUAUCACUUGGACAUCUACACCCUGCCCGAACUUCUAGAUGAUCUUCCGGCCAAUUUUAUUGGCCAGCACAUCUCGCCGGGCGAUAAUCUGGUCCCAGAGUCCUUGAUUACCAGCGAAAACCAAAGUGACCCAAAAUCGAAUAUCAGUGAGAAGAACCCCCAACCUUUCAAACUCGAUUAUCAAGAUUUCGCCUACAAAGACAUGGAUAUGAUGAGUGGUUUGGAGCUGAAUCCUCAGGCCCUGAGUCAAGCAUUGUACGACGAUUAUAUGGUCACUCUUCGUGGUGGCGUUAAUAUUCCUAAGCACGAGAACGUAACCAGGAAAGAAUCAAAUUUUAGCAUAUUAAUAUUGAAAUUAAGCUCCCUUUUCGAUGACCUAUUUUUAUCGCCCCAAACACCUAAUUCACCGAGGAAAAAUGGGAGAUUAGUUAGAAAAAAUGGCGCCCAUCAAAAUAGUCACGAUGCUCACGUGGAUUGCAACGUGAAAGUUUUACCACCACCUGGCUCGGUUCUGGACCCGCGCUCCCUCGUGACCUACGAAGAUAAAGACCUAGUCACUUCUAACCAGUACGAUGUCGACGAGACCCGUAUGCCGAAAAACACGUUGAAAACUUUUUACGAAUCCCGCAGACGUAAAAGACGCAGAGGUAGCCAUUCGACCUCCGCUGCCUCGUCUAACGCUAAGAGCGAAAUUAGUGGUUGUCUCAGCCAAAAGGAUGAAGUCAAGAUACCGAUUCCUGACAGCUUAUUAAACGAAAAAAAUAGUGAGAGCUCGUUCAAUAACGUCGAAAGCCAUUUGGUCGUUCCUCAAGAUGAUUUGGAUGUUGGGGACAAUAUCGGAGGCCAUAAUCGCAAAGAUCUGACUAAUUUAUGUAUGGCAAGUAGGGAAGAUAUUAAAAAUGGCGACUUUAAUAGAUAUUUAAAUUCUUCGGUAAAAAAUUCUGUUCAAACGUCAGUUGCUACCUCCUGCGCUGCAUCUAUUCGUAACCGGUUAUAUCUCGUGAAUAGACAUAUUUUAAGAUGCAGAAUUGAACAAUUUUCGCUUGAACUUACCGAUAGCAUAAUACGCGAAUCCCUUCAAAUAUCCGCAUCUCUGCUCACUGAAACGCGAUCACCACAAGACAUAUUCGUAGAGUCUGAUUCAUCUAUGUCCAAUCAUAAUCCGUUAAAUCGAUCCAUCUUUGAUAACGCUUUAGAUGCCCACUCCCCUAGAUUAGUCGAGAUUCACAAGCAAAAUCAAAUCAAUUUCCUUUCUAAACUUUCUAGGAUAAGCCCAGUUCCCCACAAAAAUGAAGUUCCUAAAUCUGUAAAAACCGUUGAUUCCCUUGCUAAGGACAAGAAAAAUAAUUUGCCCAAAAAUCGCGAUAUUUUAUGGCAGAACUCCUCGUCCAAAAAUAGAACCAAAAUCAAUCACAAAAAUGUACCAGCCGGUUUUGCACCGCAUCAACCUCGUCAACAUUCUUCAAAAAAUGAUACCUAUAUCUACAAAUGGUUUUCCACAACAUUUUUAACACCGAUAACGCAUAAAACAAAACCGAGACAACAAAUAUCUCCGAAAAAUGGCACAUCGAGAUGCGAAUAUCCCUAUUAUUUACCCGCGCCACAUUUUGGAUUCCCAAAUCCAUUAAUUUAAUUUAUUUUAUUUAAUUUUUGUUGCGAAUUUCGUUUUAAAUUUAUUGCUAUUUUGUGCAAUAUGUUACAC